AAUGUCUGACAACAAACACGAAAUUUACAUUGUCAAACAAUCAACACUGAAUAAAAUAAAGUAUAAAUAAUAUAUUAAAUAACUAUUUAUAUAAUUAAAUGCUGCAAGAUGGCUAACAUUGAUACUCCUAUACCUUUAUCGGAUAUCGAAUCUGUUUUGGCUUGGGUCGACACGUUCAAGCUGUCCCGACCUACGAAGAAGAUUAAUCGGGACUUUUCUGAUGCUGUCCUUCUCGCAGAGAUCCUCAACGUGCACUACCCAAAGCUGGUGGAGAUGCACAACUACCCGCCUCGGAACAGUCACUCCUUGAAGCUGAACAACUGGAUGACGCUGAACAGGAAAGUGCUGAAGAAGCUGAAGCUCAAUCUAUGCUGCAACACCAUGGAACAGCUCGCCAACUGCGCUCCUGGGAUCAUUGAGAGGGUUCUCGUGAUGGUUCGAGACAAGAUACGUCGCGACGAAGAAUUGAACAAGUCUGCGAAGGAACAGGACCAGAACAUGUCCAGCGGUGGCAGCUACUACGAGGCCUGUGGAGACGAUGGUACCUUUCCUCAUCGAUCAGAACUUGAGGGCCAACACGUGCUGGUGGUACCAGUUAAAACUAGAGUCAACGGCGUGCUGGAGAGCAUGCAGCAGAAAGUCAUCAACUACGAGUCGUACUGUGCUCUCAAAGAGGAACUGAAGGAUGCCAAGGAGGCUGCAGAGGUACUGAAACAGAAGGUCGAACACCUAGACAAUCUAUUGAAAUUGAAAGAAGAAAGGAUUGAUGAAUUGCAAAACCAAUUGGAGAGGAAACAAGCUCGGCGAAAGGAGGCGGAAGCCCUCACAAACACCAUCUCUGUACCAUUCGAAAACCCUCCUCCGACACCAAAGAUUACGAAUGAUGUCAUACUGCCAGUUAAAAAGAAUUCCCUUAAAAGUAUAGAUUCUAAAAGUAAAGUAGGUGACUCAGCGUCAUCUAUUUUACUUGUAGAAAUACCUGUCGCCAAAGAAUCUCUAAAAACCACUCCCAAACCAAGCCUCACUGAGGUCAAUAAUAACGUAGAACAAGAAAGUGAGAAAUGUACUGCGGAAAGAAUCAAAUCCGAUGUCUUCAUUGAAAUGGAAGAAAGAGUCGAAGAUUAUCCAGAUGCUGAAGGUUUUGAAGAAUUUAAGGACAGUGAACAAGAAAAUGUUGUGAUGACUAUCGAAGAUACGAUACAGAAUGAACUAAAGGAAAUUACCAAUAAACCAAUGGAGUUUACGCAAGAUUUGAACACGGUUUUUAAUAAGAAUUGAACCUUGGUGCUAAUUAUUAAGACGUUUUUUGGUACGACUCGAAAGAAUAAUGAAAAAAAUAUACCAUAUGCCUAUGAGGAUAUAAAUCUUGGAAAGAUGGUUUUGUAUAAAGUUUGUUAAAAUUUUUGAAUAACAAGUGAUCGUGUUUGUCUUUUUACCCGACUGUAAUUGAAAAUCGUAAACAAAUGGAUUAUGUAUUAUUGUUAAUAGAUGUGGCUGAAAUAUUAUGUACCAGAGAGAAAGAGAGAGAGAGAGUCUGAUGGAAGGAGACGAUUUAGUGGUGGCAGCACUAUCGUUUUAUGUCUUUCCAAAGUUUAACUAGACUCCUUCUGUCCAUUUAUUAUACCUAUACAAAGGAAAUAAAUGUUUUUGGAUCCACUAAAUUAUACAAGACAUUGUUAACAGUAGGUUUAAAUAAAAUACGUCAAUUAUAUUUCAAUGUUUUUAUUAGGUUUUAGUCUGUUUGUUACUGCAGAUUUAGAAAUAAAUUGUUUACAUGA